UCUGUGUACUCCUGAGUAAAUAUGUUCCUUGCUUAUUAUCAAGGAACAUAUUUUUAUUAUACUCUUUGUCUGUGUUAAACAUGGCGUUUGUUGUUGUGAAGUGAAAAUGUGAAAUAAAUAAAAAUUAGAAUGUUUGGGAAUGUGAAUUGUUUUUAUUUAUACGUCAUCGUUGUUACAGUAAUUAUAAUAACAUGUGCUUGCGAGCCACAGACGCCAUACCUCGCACUAUACGGCACCGGGGACACGGAGCACACGGACGUGCUGGUGCGGCGCGUGCACGACAACCUGACGCUCGUGUGCGAAGUGCGCGGCGACCCUGCGGCCAGGGUGUUCGUGUGGAACUACGUCAGCGACAACGGCACCGACGGCGGCAGGCCCUUAGUUUCGGAGCCGUCCGGGCCGACCAUCGUCAGCCGACUGGAGCGAGGGGACCUGCAGCUGUCGGACAGCGGCCACUACAUCUGCUCCGCGCCGCCCUUCAGCAGCACCAAGUAUGUGCUGGUGCAGACUAAAGGUCCGCACCAGUGUGCGCGCGGCGCGUUCUGGUGCGGCGCGCGCUGCGUGCUGCCCGCGUACGUGUGCGACGGGCGCAAGGACUGCGUGCUGGCCGAGGACGAGGCGCCGCCGCUGUGCGCGCCGCGGCCCUGCGCGCGCGGCGACAAGCUGAACUGCUCGUCGGGCCGCUGCAUCCCCGAGGCGGCGUGCUGCCGGCCCGGCGCCGCGCUGUGCCGCCAGCCCGCCUGCUGCGACGAGCACUCGCGCUUCUCCACCUUGGAAGGGUACGUGGAGGUGGAGUACCCGCCGCUGUUCGACGACCGGCACGCGCCCGACGAGUACGGCUUCAUCCAGUCCACCAUCUACACCGUCACCGCGUGCGCGCUCAUCUUCAUGAUAGCGGUGGUGCUGCUGGUGUCGGCGCUGUGCAAGAUGCACAUGAAGCGCGCCGCGCUGCGCGGGUACGCGUCGGCGCACCGCGACACCGCGCACCACUACGCCGCUCGGUUCCCGCCGCGGUACGAGGCGGCGCGGCUGCUGGAGCCCGGCGCGGCGGCCAGCCCCGUCCGCGGCACGUACGCCAGUACGGAGCUUCCCAGUCCGGAGUCCCCCUCGACUGUAGCGAGCGAGCCGCCCGAGCCGCCGCCCUACAGCGGGGGCUUCGGCCUCGCCAGACUGUCCGCCAUAUUCUGCUCCAGGUAUAGACAGGUGCCGACGCAGUGCUGCGACGUGGAGCUGCGGCCGGUGCGCGGCGCGGGCGGCGUGGGCGGCGCGGGCGGGCCCCCGCGCGCGGCGCCGCCCGCCUACCGCUCGCCCGCGCGCGCCGAGCCCGAGCUGUACUACGCGGACCCCGAGCUGGCGCCGCAGGAGCUCAACUACAUGGCCGCGCCGCUCGACUUCUUCUGCCGCCGCACCGCCAGGAGGAACACCAUAGACCGCGUGCUGGAGCAGCUGUCGGCGGCGCAGCGGCCGCUCACGCUGCAGCUGGGCCGCUUCCAGCUGAGCCUGCCGCGCUUCCGGCGCGAGUCGCCGCGCCCCGACACGCCCGACGUGGGCGAGCUGGCGGCCGACGAGCUGCGCGACACCUACACGCUCAACGGCCGCACCAUCGCGCUGCUGGGCGCCGACCUCGAGCACUUCCCGCCGCGCCCCGGCCGCCCGCCGCCCUACAACGAGGCCAUGAGGUACAAGUACGGGCCGCCGCCCGACUACCUCAGCCGCGAGCGCAUCGACAGCGACGAGAGCGAGGCGCGCAGCAACGUCGAGAUGCCGCCGCGCUACGAGGAGCUGGCCGCCGGCGCCGACCGCAACGCCAACGUCGCCACCGUCGCCCCCGCCGCCGCCGUCGCCACCGUCGCCGACGUCGAGAACGGCAACGUGGCGACGGGGCACAUCGCCGAGACCAACGCGCUGUACGACGCGGACAGCGUGAACGGCUGCACGGCGAUCAAUGACAACGACCUGUUCGUGAGCGCGGGCGCGUACCCCGAGACCAUCCGCUCCGUCAUCGACAACCUGCCCGCCAUCGACUGCGACGUCAACGCCAACGACGGCGCGCUCUCGGCCUAGUGCCGACGCACUGUUCGGCGGGGUAGCGGGCUUGAGGUCGAAACUCAUUAUUAAGGACACAUUUCACCGGACACGUAAUAGCUACGUAUCACCUCGCCGUCCACACAACAAAUAAAGUAUUAAUAAUAAAGCCCGCCGGCCGCUCCUUUACGUCGUUUUGAAUGGUUUGACCAUUGUGUUAGCUGGUGGAUAUUUUUGAAUAUUUAUAAAAUAUUCACAGUAACCGCGGCGAUAGGUGAUUUUUUUUUUGUAGAAUGAUUGUUCGACACUUUUACUACCAAUCAGAUGUAUGGACCGAAUCGCGACUGAGAAUUUUUGCUGAAAAUGUCUCAGAAGAAAGAAAAGCUCGGUACUUCGAAACCUGAGCUUGGACUCCAAUAAACCCGGGACCUCGAGACCGACGAGGCAUUAUGUCGUCAUUAUGAAGUGAUACGUUUGAAUGUGCGGCCACGUUUCGUUAAGUUACAAAGUAACAAUUGGGCACAGAUAUAUACUGUACACAUGUGGCGGGUGAUGGCAGCUAGACAUAACACAUCGUCACAUUCAUGUGUGACGAUUUUUACUUAGUGAGGUUACGUUCUAAGGGAAAUUUAUUUUUUAAGUGACAUUAUUAAUAAUUGUAAUUUUAGGGAACUCUUCUGACAUUUUCUUUUAAUAAAUACUAAGUAUGCAACACAAACAAUUAAACUGUAAUUAUAGAAUUGUUAUAGGUUACUCAAACUUAAAUAUAAGUAUAAUAUAUAAUGUACCAAGUGAAAUAUGAAACAUCUUUUAGUCGCGUGUUAUUUUUAUAUUUUUCAUUCAAAACUGUGAUUCUAUUUACAAAAACAUAUCAUCAUAUCAGCCGAUGGAUGUCCAAACAUCACGAUUCUGAGCUCGCGACGCGAGCGACGAACUGAAGACGAUGUCUUCAGUUCACCUGACAGGGGGUCGAACAACACUGCACUUUUUAGUGCGGGGUCGCAUUCCAGCACCUCGGACCCCAACGUCCAUCGGCUCUUCGAACUAUGUGCCCCGCCCAUUGCCACUUCAGCUUCUCGACUCAUUGAUCUCCUCAUUUCUGAUUCAAUCACGCAAAGAUACUUCGAGCAUAGCUCGUUCCAUCGCCCGCUGUUAUUCUAAAAUUAAUAACUUAGAACAAUAUGAAAAUCUUUCUUUUUUAUGAACGGUGAAAUUUUUUUUUCAGGAUUCUGUCCUAAUUAUAAUAUUACAAUGGUAUCUUGUGAAUAUGUCUUUGUAAAAUAAAAUUAUGAAAUAAAAAACAGCUAUAGCUGGUUAUUAAUGAAAUAAGUGCCUUAAAUCAAUGAAAACAAACUAGUCAAACGCACGGCUUUGCUCAUGUAGUUAGUGUCACCAACUUAGUUAUAUUGGACACUGUGCACCAAACACAUUCAGUAGGCCUGAGAUGCGCGCCGGUACAUCUCGUGAAGACAAAAUGACAUUGUCGACCACUAGCAGCGAAUCGAAAAUAUCGCUCUCUCUCUCUCGUCCCAUCACAACGAAUUGUAAGGUUCAGCAGCUAUUGGUUUUAUUGGUAGGUUUAAAAUAUUAAAAUUUAAAUGAUCAUGACCAUAAUAUUAAAAAAGCCCCUUAAAAUACGAAACAUGCAACAAACGUAACAAAUGCAUCCAAAAAUCACCCUUUUACUAUAAUCGUAACUAAAAUGUAUAUAAUAAAAAAAUUCUGAUUGCAUUAAAUUUAAAAACUGAAAAGAUAAUAACAAGUUCUAACUAGAAGUGUAAGAAGAAAUUAGAAAAAAAUCGUCGAAAACAAUUUUUUUUAGUCUGUUUUUUUAAUUAUUAUUUUUAUUCUAUUGACGAGAUUUGUAAUGGCGCGCAAGUUAGUCCUACAAGUUAAGUACUUCAGCACUGUAAAAAGUUAAAACAUUAAAUAGUUUCCCAACAGAAAAGUAUCAAAAAAUAUACUAAAUUAAAAUACGAUACAAUAACUAUCAGUUAAAAUUGAUAUCAACUAAUUAUAGGUUUAUGUGAUCUUAUAUAUUAUAGUAUUUCUUUGUUUAUAUAAUGUUGUUUAUUUAUAAUACUCUUGUAAAUGUACUGUAUAUAAUAUAUUUUAUAGUUAACAUUAGGUCGCAACCAUUUCUAUGCGGAUCCCUUGUUCAUACUCAAAAUGUCCAUUGAGAGUUUAUUGAUUUGAAAUUGCCUUUCAAAUCAAUAAACUCUCAAUGGACAUUUAUAUUGUUUUGAAAGGUAUUAUAUAAUUUUCCACUAUUGUAUGUCAAAUUUCAAAAGGUGCAUAACCACCAAACCUACUAAAGUUGAUUGGAAUACAUAGUCAGGUUGAAAUCUUAGUUUGAUAAGGAAAACUCUUAUAAUAGAAGGAAAAUUAUGAAUGGCAGCUCACUCAACGCGAAUUAAGGUUCUGACUUGUUUUUUUUGUUUAUUCUAAAAUUGAUACAAUAUUAUUUUAACUAGAUUUUAUAAUACUAGUUGAGCAAAUGUUAUGUAAUGUUAAAUGUCGAUGGACAAACAAGUAUCAACAUAAUCGAGAACUAUGAAUAUUCAAAAAGCGGGACUGUCCCGCUCAAAAUGAAUGGUCACGUUAAGUAUACCACGCAGUUGGUAUAUUGUUUGCCUGUACAGCGUACAUUGUGAAGUUGGACAGCUAUCAUGCAUCUAUAUACAUAUAUCUGCAGUAAGAUAUGAAGGCCGCUAUGAUAAUUUGCAGUAGUGUAUCCCUAAAUGUAAACUGUUAUUACUAUGAUAUUGUUGUGAAUUAUAUAAUAUAUAUACUAUGUUAGCAUGUUAUCAUACAUAUUAUACAGUGGCGUGCACUUCACACGUGCAAAACUGCACUACCUACUACCCGGAUGGUUUAUUCACUAAUUUGGUCUUUUUAUAUCAACCUAUUAAAAUAAUCAUCAAAUCAACUGAAUGUCAUCUACCUACUGUCUGAUAUCCGAAGGGUUGUUAGAUUGUAGAAUCUUAAUUUAAUAAAAGUUAGUGAAUUAGCCUGCUGGUCCUUGAGGACACAUUAAGAGGCCUACCCUACAAAUACCUUGUGCACGCCACUGGUUUAUUCUUAUAACUAAUAUUUAUAAAUAUAAUUGUAUUUUAAUUGUUAACGAUUUUCCUUCUACCUCUGUGAAACAAUAAACAAAACAGAACCGACCAAAAAUGCUUUAUAAUACAUUUUUAAUAAUAAAUACUUAAUAGUUAUUGUUAAUUUAACAUAAAUCAGGUAUUCGAAUAAUGUACAGAGGCAAAUGACCUACUAAGUGGAUACAGUAUGCGCCAAACUUGAAGUCCGCUAUGAAGUUGCAACAUGCCGAACUGCGCUGCCGGUACUGGGACAUCAUUGUUUUUAGUCACUCGGCGCGACCUAUACAAGCUUAGACCGAGAGAUAGUGUUAUAUUUUGAAAUACAAAUUAUGAAAAAUUAUUUUAUAAGCGGUUGUCAAGGAGACGCGUUACGUUUGUUUUUUAAUGGGUUUAACCGGCUCCAGUACGUUGUUUGUAAAGACUCCUCUGGUAUGGCAUAGCAUAUAUUGGCCAAAAUUACGUUGUCUUUUAAUUAUUUCUAAUAGUUUGUGUAACGGGUCGGUUUACAUGUCGUAAGCUAACGCGGAACUGUAGGCUCAAAAUGCGACCGACCUAGAUCUCUCACUCGAUCGUUUCAUUAUGGUUUAAUUGCUGAUGUCCCGCAGUUUCGCCCGAGUUGUUCCCGUUCUUGAGGGAAUAACGUGAUAAAAUAUAGCCAUAUUAAUUGCUGAUAAUAUAGGGAUUUAAUGUGUAAGGUGCAACAAACGAACAAAAAAACUAGUGAAAUUGCGGGCCGUUUGCUAAGAUAAUAUAUAAACGGUAACUGAUGAAAAUUGUUUUGUCUCACACACACACACAUACAUACUGCCUGUAUUGUCUAACUGUAACACAAGCGCAAAGCGACUGUGUUGUGUUGCCAGCUAGAAAUAUUUUAGAUAUAAAUAAUUCUGUAUUUUGUUCAUUAUAUUUACAUGCGAAAUAAUAUAUCUUGCCUAUGGAUUAGGUGAAUUUAGUAGUUACUAAAAAUAUAUAACCAGGACAUUGUUCGCCAACACGUCCCUCAGUGGGCCCGUAAUACUAAGUGAGAAUGUCUGUCGAGCGGGGUGUUGGGUACACCAUGCAUAGUUGUAUUGCACAUGAAACAAUAAUUACCACAUAUCACGUCCUGCGGCUUUUCGUGUAAAUGUGUGUAUGUGCAUGUUCCACGACUCAUGAGAUUAUAAUAUUAAUCUUUAAUAUUAGUGUAGCAUACUGGUGGUAGGCCGACAGAACUGACCGCCUUUCGCACUUGCGUUGCUUUUUUAUUGAAAGAACUAUAUUUUACUAAUAAGGAUUUCGUCCCCUUUUAAAAUGUAUUAUAGUUUUUCAAUCUAAGUGAAUAAAGUUAAUUUUGCAUCUGUUAGCCUUUUGGGAGCCAAUGGUGUAUCAUUUAAAUUAAUCGUAAUAUGUUAUAGCGGUUAAUUCUGUACGGGUAAUGGUUAUAUCUCGAUAUUAUUAUAUUUGUACUUGCAACUCUCACACGUGAAACGGCAUUCGUCUGUGCCACAGCAUUGCUGCGACAUAGACUGAGUUUUUUACAUGUGUGUGUUGUAGGUAUGCGUCAUUAAUUGUUAUAGUACAAAGUCCAGCCUUGCGAAUGCCUUACAGCUGUAAUUAUAAGCAAAUAAACUCUAUGUUUCAGUA